GGCAUCGCGCGAGUCCGUCGCGCGCGGACGCUCGAGAGGGGGACGCUCGAGCGACGACGGCGCGAGGUCGACCGAUCUUCUCGGUCGUCGCGACGCCGCGAUAAAAACACGCGACGCUCUUCCGAAUAGUGUAAUAAGAUGACGACGACGUCGACGCUCGCGACGGCGGCGGCGACGGCGCCGCGCGCGUCGCUCUCGCGCCGCCCCUCCCGCGCCGCCGCCGCCAUGCCCCGGCCCCGACCGCGCGGCGUCUCCGCGAUCGCGCGCGCGAAGAAGGUCAAGAUCCCAGCCCCGGACCCGGACGCGCCGACGCCGCUGAGCGAGGAGCAGCUCGCGAGGCUUCCGGAGGUGAUGCUGGAGAAGGACCCGUGGGACGGCGACGUCUUCGAAAAACUCGGCGACGUCGUCAAGAACUGGGGGCUCUUCUUCGUCGUCGUCUUCGCCGUCGGCGCGGGCGUUGUCGCGGCGAACACGUACAACGACGGCGCCGUGGGCGUGGACUUCCAAGCGUACGACGAGCCGGGGCAGGCGGUGUCCGCCGCGAUGAAGGGCGCCGGCGUCGGGAACGCGGGGGGGGCGGGGGAGGCGCCGAAGGUGAUGGCGAACGCGCCCGCGCCGGACUCGCAGGGAGGGUUUUAAGGAGGGUACGACGAGGAAGAACGACGCCCGCCGCGAGUAGAAUGAAUAUCCAUCGCGCACGGAAUCGAAU